UAUAUAAGGCAAAGACAGUUCUUGAUCAAGCAUCCAGGCCCACAGUUCCAGCCAGCAUCUGUCUUACUGUUAACCUCAGACCGGAUCUUCUAAAACUAUGCGCCACCUCAGACUCAGCACCACAAUGUUGCUGGCAGCAACAUGUUCGCUCAUGACAGCAGUUGUCUCCACAGAGAAAGCUAUCACCUGUGGCAGCGACGGGAAUGUCCAGCGCCUGAGCUGUGAUACCGGAGUGAUCAGUGUGCAGACGGCGCUGUAUGGACGCGCAGACGCUGUGACCUGCAGUGAGGGAAGACCUCCGGCAGAGCUCGCCAACACACAAUGCUCUCUAGCGGGCACAGUUGACGUCCUCAAGCUAAGGUGUGAUGGCAAGAGGGAGUGUGAACUAAACAUCAACGUUUUUACUUCUAAUCCCUGCAAUGGCAUCUACAAAUACCUGGAAACCACCUACACCUGCCUCCCAGCACUUCACCUUGAUGCCUGUGAGGGCUCUUUGGCACAACUCCAGUGUGAUCUAGGGCAGGUUAUAUUUGUGUACGGUGCAGACUAUGGACGUCGUGACCAGACCACCUGCAUUUACCAACGGCCUCCCAAUCAAGUUCAAAAUAUCUACUGCUCAAGCCCCACCUCAAAAGUUGCUGACAGCUGUAAUGGAAAGAGCAGCUGUACCAUCGCAGUGAGCAACUCUGUGUUUGGAGACCCCUGUGUCGGCACCUACAAGUAUCUGGACUUGGCUUACACAUGUGAUUAUCCUGGGACCAAUCUGGGUCCAGCCUAUAUAAGGCAAAGGCGGUUCUCAAUCCAGCCUAACAGCCUACAGGUGUGUCUCAUCAAGCCAGCAUAUCUGUCUCACUGUGCGCCUCAGACCACAUCUUCCAAGACCAUGCUCUGCUUCAGACUCAGCAUCACACUGUUGCUGGCAGCAACAUGUUCGCUCAUGACAGCAGGUAAAUUAUCUGAAGUAUCCCUAGAGAAUGUUGUCACCUGUGGCAGUGAUGGGAGUGUCCAGCGCCUGAGCUGUGAUACAGGAGUGAUCAGCGUGCAGACGGCGCUGUAUGGACGUGCAAACUCUGUGACCUGCAGUGAGGGAAGACCUCCGGUACAGCUCGCCAAUACACUGUGCUCUCAAGCAGGCACAGUCGACGUCCUUAAGAAAAGGUGUGAUGGCAAGAGGGAGUGUGAAUUUAACAUCAACAUUUUAUAUACCUCUGAUCCCUGCAAGCGCAUCUACAAAUACCUGGAAAGCACUUACACCUGCCUCCCAGCAAAUCACAUUGUUGCCUGUGAGGGCUCUUCGGUGCAACUCCAGUGUGAGCAAGGAAAGGUUAUAGUUUUGUAUGGUGCAGACUAUGGCCGCAGUGACCAGACCACCUGCAUUUACCAAAGGCCUCUCGAUCAAAUUCAACAAACGUCCUGCUUAAGCCCCACACGCAAAGUUUUUGACAGCUGUAAUGGGAAAAACAGCUGUAACAUCACAGCAAGCAACUCUGUGUUUGGAGACCCCUGUGUCGGCACUUACAAGUACCUGGCGGUGGCUUACACAUGUAGCUGUGGCAGUAAGUAUCAUGAUUUUGGCUGUUUACUCCAACAGCCAAAAUAA